AUGUCGCAGUCCACGAUCAAGCCACAAGUUAACCAUGACGUCGCCUUCAGGCAUGAGGUUUUGGAGGGCUUCCUGUCUGACCUCCAUGAUGUUUCCACCACCAAAGACAAACAAGAACUCUUAACUUCUAUCCAAAGUUUUGCCUUCCAAUUUCUAAAGGAUGCCUCCAACAAAGAACUGACUCGACAUGGCCAAGUUGAUCAAGGUCUUGAAGUCCUCUGGCGCAUGUUCAUCGAGAUGGCCAAGGUCCUGGAAAAGGAUGACCCUUUUCACGACAAGCUUGUGCUUCUUCUACUUUGGACAAAGGAAUUUGACCAGCUCCACAAGGACUUGCAUCCUUCCGACAGUGUCAAGGCUUUUUGGGAGUCAUAUGGAUUUGGCAACAGUCUACAGAAAUCGUGGGAGCAGACACUAUCGAGUGGCACCUCGUCCCAACUGUGCAACCUUGCCGCUUUCUCUACCAAAGCGUUGUCGGCUGGAGUUUGUCAAGACACUCUAGCAUUGACGGCUCUUUGGUACCUGCGCGAGGCUCUCGAGAAGGGCGAAGAGGGGGUAACCGCAAAUCUCCUCCCAGCAGCCGUGAUGUGGGUGGACCAAUGUCGUCACAGGCUUCUCACGUUCUCUAUUCUUGAUCGUUCGUACGAGGCGCAUCCAAGGUCGGACUUGUCUGCUUGUGGAGCACUCACCCGGGCUAAAGGCGUCAACCGAUCUGGCGGCUUCAGCAUCGAGCGAUGGCUUUUCUGGAGAGAGCGCUUUCAGCAUCUUUCCCACAGCCAAGACUCUAGUGUCGCCAAAGAAGCCAAGAGAGGCUUUAUGACCAUGAUCAACUGCGGUCGCGAUUUGGGUUACGAGGUACCGGGCGAAGCGAGGUUUGCAGAGAGACUUCAGAAGGCUAUGUGGGAGGCCCUUGUUGAGAGCGGGAAGGAGAGUCUAGAUGGCGAUGAGAUUGACAUCAAGGUCGACUGGGCGGAUGAGAUAGUUUGA